AUGCGUCUACUCACUCUUCUCCCCGUUGUCUUUGGACUUCCAGUCUUUGCAACACUCAUCAACACGCAGUAUCCGAUACUGCUCCUUCCUCUCAAGAAAUCUCAACCGGAAACUGCAUUUCCUACUCAGAAAGAUGCCACUGUCAGCUACAGCAACAAGACUGGGAACGAACAGUGGACCGCUGUUAGCUUCUACGUACCCGACAACAACGCCAACGUCUGCCGUCUUCGUUUCUUAAUCAACACUGAUCCUUCCAAGAACGCUCCGUUUAGUCUCAAAGGCGAACCCCCUUUCGUGAUUGACAUCUCACGUGUGGAACCUAAACUUGACAACAGCCGUACUACCUGGAACAACAAGCCCGCGAUCAUUGAGCGCUACGACACUUACGUCUUGUCCACGACUGGUGCGAGUGAGAUCCGGAGUAAAUGGUUUGCAUGCCCAAGAAGAGAUAUCGCCCAGUUCAUCAUUCAUCCGGCCAAUACAAGAGAUUUGGAGGUGUACUGGUACGAGCUGAAUUACGAACCCGAGUAUGGCGGUCCGCAUGGUGCUGUGCUUGAAUUGUAUACCUGA